AUUGGCGGCGCUCUUAUUGGACGCUCGGGGGAGUCUCCCGCCUGCCUCUGGGUAGCCGCGGGACCCAGUUCGCGCAGACGGGAAGUUGCGGCUGCUCCCGAGACCGCACGCCACCCUGAGGCUGCGUGGGCCGCGCGCCGCGGACGCCGCGUCGUCGCCGGGGCUGUGGGCUGCCGCAGAACGGGAAGCGCGAAGCGGACCGAGGACUUGUGUGAGGAAGGCAGGCAUGGUGAGACCUAUUUCACUGACAGGAGCACAGAGAGGGGACGCGUCUCUCUCUGAGUCUUUCGGCCACUAAAAGCAGUCAAGCUGGAGCCCAAAGCCCGGUGCCCCGACUCACAGCGGGGGGCUCCCUGCACCAACCAUGAGCCGCCUGCUCUGGAAGAAGGUGGCUGGCGCCAAGGUCGCCUCAGGGCCAGUACCAGCAACCGCGCGCUGGGUCUCCAGCUCCGUCCUCGACCCCGUCCCCAGCGACGGGCGGCCGCCGUCGCAAAUGCCCUCCUCCGAGAAUGGGCAGCUGCGGCUCAACCCUCUGCUCAUCCAGAUGUUGUCGAGAGGCCUGCACGAGCAGAUCUUCGGGUGCGGCGGGGAAAUGCCCGACGAGGCCGCGGUGCAGCGCAGCGUAGAGCACCUGCAGAAGCACGGGCUCUGGGGGCAGCCGGCCACGCCCUUGCCAGACGUGGAGCUGCGCCUGCCCCGGCUCUUCGGGGGCAACCUGGACCAGCACUUCCGCCUCCUGGCCCAGAAGCAGAGCCUGCCUUACUUGGAGGCGGCCGCCUCGUUAUUGGAGGCCCAAUUGCCCCCCGAGCCCAAGAGCUGGGCCUGGGCGGAGGGCUGGACCCGGUACGGCCCCGAGGGGGAGGCCGAACCCGUGGCCAUCCCCGAGGAGCGGGCCCUGGUGUUCGACGUGGAGGUCUGCUUGGCAGAGGGAACCUGCCCCACUUUGGCGGUGGCCAUAUCCCCCUCGGCCUGGUAUUCCUGGUGCAGCCGGCGGCUGGUGGAAGAGCGUUACUCUUGGACCAGCCAGCUAUCGCCGGCUGACCUAAUCCCUUUGGGGGGCUCCACUAGUGCCAGCAGCUCCACCAAGCAGGAUGGGCAGGAACAGUUAGUGGUGGGGCACAAUGUUUCCUUUGACCGAGCCCAUAUCAGGGAACAGUAUCUGAUUCAGGACUCCCGGAUGCGUUUUCUCGAUACUAUGAGCAUGCACAUGGCCAUCUCGGGGCUGAGCAGCUUCCAGCGCAGCCUGUGGAUGGGAGCCAAGCAGGGAAAGCACAAGACCCAGCAGUCCACAAAGCGAGGGCAGAAGUCCCCGAGGAAAGCCAAUGGUCCAGCGAUCUCAUCUUGGGACUGGAUGGAUAUCAGCAGUGCCAAUAAUCUUGCAGAUGUGCACAACCUUUAUGUGGGGGGACCUCCCUUAGAGAAGGAGCCUCGGGAGCUGUUCGUCAAAGGCAGCAUGAGGGAUAUCCGAGAGAACUUCCAGGAUCUGAUGCAGUACUGCGCCCGUGAUGUGUGGGCCACCUUUGAGGUUUUCCAGCAGCAGCUGCCACUCUUCUUGGAGAGGUGUCCCCACCCAGUGACUCUGGCUGGCAUGCUGGAGAUGGGUGUGUCCUACCUGCCUGUCAACCAGAACUGGGAGCGUUACCUGACAGAGGCACAGAACACAUAUGAGGAGCUCCAGCGGGAGAUGAAGAAGUCGCUGAUGGAUCUGGCUAAUGAUGCCUGUCAGUUGCUCUCAGGAGAGAGGUACAAAGAAGACCCUUGGCUCUGGGACCUAGAAUGGGAUUUGCAGGAGUUUAAGCAGAAAAAGGCAAAGAAGGUGAAGAAGCCAGCCUCAGCCAGCAAGUUGCCCAUCGAGGGAGCUGGGCCCUUUGGGGAUCCCAUGGAUCAGGAAGAUCCUGGCCCGCCCAGCGAGGAGGAGGAGCUUCAGCGAAGUGUAACAGCCCACAACCGGUUACAGCAGCUGAGGAGCACCACGGACCUCCUGCCUAAGCGACCCCAGCACCUUCCAGGACACCCUGGGUGGUACCGGAAGCUCUGCCCUCGACUAGAUGACCCUGCCUGGGCUCCCGGCCCCAGCCUCCUCAGCCUGCAAAUGCGGGUCACUCCUAAGCUCAUGGCACUGACCUGGGAUGGUUUUCCUCUACACUACUCAGACUCUCAUGGUUGGGGCUACCUAGUGCCUGGGCGUCGGGAUAAUCUGACCGAGCCGCCAGUGAGCCCCACUGUAGAAUCCGCUGCAGUAACCUGCCCCUACAGAGCCAUCGAGUCCUUAUACAGGAAGCACUGCCUUGAACAGGGGAAGCAGCAAUUGGAGCCCCAGGAGGUAGACCUGGCUGAGGAGUUCUUACUCACUGACAGUAGUGCCAUGUGGCAAACGGUAGAAGAACUGGGCUGCUUAGACGUAGAGGCUGAGGCCAAGAUGGAGAAUUCAGGGCUGAGCCAACCUCUAGUUCUGCCUGCUGCUUGUGCCCCCAAAUCCAGCCAGCCCACGUAUCACCAUGGCAACGGACCUUAUAAUGAUGUGAAUAUCCCUGGUUGCUGGUUUUUCAAGCUGCCUCACAAGGACGGUAACAACUACAAUGUGGGCAGUCCCUUUGCCAAAGAUUUCCUGCCCAAGAUGGAGGAUGGCACCCUGCAGGCUGGCCCAGGAGGUGCCAGUGGGCCUCGUGCCCUGGAAAUAAAUAAAAUGAUUUCUUUUUGGAGGAAUGCUCAUAAACGUAUCAGUUCCCAGAUGGUGGUAUGGCUCCCCAGGUCAGCUCUGCCCCGGGUUGUGACCAGGCACCCCAGCUUCGAUGAGGAAGGCCACUAUGGGGCCAUCCUACCCCAGGUGGUGACUGCUGGCACCAUCACCCGUCGAGCUGUGGAGCCCACGUGGCUCACUGCCAGUAAUGCUCGGCCUGACCGGGUAGGCAGUGAGUUGAAAGCCAUGGUGCAGGCUCCACCUGGCUAUGUCCUUGUGGGUGCUGAUGUGGACUCACAGGAACUGUGGAUCGCAGCUGUACUUGGAGAUGCUCACUUUGCUGGGAUGCAUGGCUGCACGGCCUUUGGCUGGAUGACUCUGCAGGGCAGGAAGAGCAGAGGCACUGAUCUGCACAGCAAGACAGCUGCCACUGUGGGCAUCAGCCGAGAGCAUGCCAAAAUCUUCAACUAUGGCCGCAUCUAUGGGGCUGGGCAGUCCUUUGCUGAGCGCCUACUGAUGCAGUUCAACCACAGGCUCACAAGGCAGGAGGCAGCUGAGAAGGCCCAGCAGAUGUAUGCAGUCACAAAAGGCCUGCGCCGGUAUCGGCUGUCUGCGGAUGGUGAGUGGCUGGUGAAACAGUUGAAUCUUCCUGUGGACAGGACAGAGGACGGCUGGGUCUCCCUACAAGAUCUUCGAAUGAUCCGAAGAGAAGCUUCAAGGAAGUCACGAUGGAAGAAGUGGGAGGUAGCCUCUGAACGAGCAUGGACAGGGGGCACAGAGUCAGAAAUGUUUAAUAAGCUGGAGAGUAUUGCCAUGUCUGAUACACCACGUACCCCAGUACUGGGCUGCUGCAUCAGCAGAGCCUUGGAGCCCUCAGUUGUCCAGGGAGAGUUUAUAACCAGUCGUGUGAACUGGGUGGUACAGAGCUCUGCUGUAGACUACUUACAUCUCAUGCUUGUGGCCAUGAAGUGGCUGUUUGAGGAAUUUGCCAUUGAUGGGCGCUUCUGCAUCAGCAUCCACGACGAGGUUCGCUACCUGGUGCGUGAGGAGGACCGCUACCGUGCCGCCCUGGCACUGCAGAUCACCAAUCUCCUGACCAGGUGCAUGUUUGCCUAUAAGCUGGGUCUGAAUGAUCUGCCCCAGUCAGUCGCCUUUUUCAGUGCAGUAGACAUUGACCAGUGCCUCAGGAAGGAAGUGACCAUGGACUGUAAAACUCCUUCUAACCCAACUGGGAUGGAAAGGAGAUAUGGGAUCCCCCAGGGUGAAGCACUGGAUAUUUACCAGAUAAUUGAACUCACCAAAGGCUCCUUGGAAAAACGAAGCCAGCCUGGACCCUAGCUCUGUCUGGAGGUUCUGUAUUUGCUCCUGUGGAGCUUUAUUGGAGCGGUGCAGGUUCCUAAACUCAGGCUUUCAGAUGUGCUUUUUUGCAAAAGGCAGCCAUUUUUCUGUAGCAGGACCUGCCCAGGAAAGUCCUCCUAACGGAAGGCACAAUUCAGUGCGUUCAGAACCAGGACACCAACAUCAGUGCAGGCUGUGUGACAAGGGGUACUGUUGGGCACAAAUGAAGCAGAUGCCCCAAAGGUCACAUUAACUCAGGCAUUUCUUCCUCCUCUUCUUGGCUGGUUCUCUGUCCUGCUGUGUAUGUGCUGAUGCAGUGCCCUAGAAGGGGAGAGUAGAAAUUUUGACAACCUUGUUCUAAGGUGAUGGGAAUAAAAACAAACACCAAACUCCUGGAACAGUUGUGCUUUCCCGUCUGCUGCCCAGGUUGUGACUUAGAACUCCGUCCUGAGUAGAUGGACGAGAUGCUGGGAGCCCGGAGCAUCACAGCUACAGACGGCCUGGGGCACAGUGAUGUACGGAACUCCGCAUCAGCCGGCUAGCCAGAUUAUUUUAUAUAAAUGUCUAAUUUUGACUGGGUCUUGUCUACUGAUAUUAUUUCUAGCUUUUACAAACUUAAAAUGGAACCCACAUUGGGCUCAGGUGAUGAAUGGGCCUACCUUGAGGGAGGGUGUAAAAGCCAGCCAGAAUGCUGUAGAAACAGGACCCCAGGACAGGGGAGUUUGUCUGCUACUUUUCAUAGAAAUAUAUACCAAAAGCAUAGCAGAAGUAGGCACCAACCUCUUCGUUUUCGUCUUCCUCAUCCUCUCGAAGAACCAUGUCGAGGACACUGCCUUUGAUCUUGAAGUCCCGAGAAGUACUCAGCUUCAUGUGCUGCAUCAGGUUUACCUGGGACAGCAGAAGGUCCUUUCAGUGUGUACUUGGAGGACCCUUUGCUUUUACCAGAUGACAUUCACCUUGACCACCUCUAGCUGUGCUGCCUGCCACAGAGCUUGCUAGACUCCUUCCAGCAGUAAAUGAGAGUGGAAAUAAAGAACAUUUUUACCUUGGACUUUUUAGACAGUUGGAUAAGAAAUUUUUCAUACUGUUCAAUGGCAAAGACAAGGUUAGGGAUUGGCUUGGUUUCACGAAGAACUUUGGCCUAAGAGUAAAAAGAUAUAAGACAUUUCAGGUUCAGUGGCUUUUGAGGUUUUUAUGUAGCAUCUCUCAAGAAGGAACCCACUUUGGCACAUGCUGUAUUUCUUUUUUCUGAUAGUCAAAUGAAUUUACAUUGCUAAGAUUAGUCCCUAAAAUGAGUAUACUGUGUAGUUUCCCGAGUCACUUAGACUGACCUCCCACUCUUCAUGCCUGGACUUCAGAUAAGUGCCACCACCCCCACUUUUAACAAUGACAUACACUGUUAACUUAUUUGGCUGGUCUUCUGGACAUUAGCUUUAUUUCCUUUAAGAAACCACGUGGUGAGGACCAUCCUGUGCCUAGGCCUUUGUAUAUCCUAAAAGGAAUUGUUACAGCCCCAUUUCCUAAAUAUAGUAACUUUACCCCCUUCCUGCACUCGCCAAUUCUUAGACCCUUAUGGAGCGCCAUUUCCACUCUUGCUUUUUUAAUGUCCAACAAGACCCGUGGGUCUGAGUGGCCAGGGGGAGCUUACCAUGGUUGUGCUCACUGCAGCCUUCUCCUUUUCUGAGCACUUUGGGGCGUCACUGCUCUUAUUCUAAAGAAACAGAAACAUUGUCUUAUUCUUCAAGAUGCUAUAUCUGGGAAGCACAAAAGUUGUGAGAUAUAUAUCUCCAUCCCUUGAAUGUCUGCCUCCUUGGGUAUGUAUAUUCUUGGAAGUACCAUAUCAGUGUAGCCACUAAGCUACUAUACAGAUAGGAUUAAGGUAGCAGGAACAGCUGACUAGGGCUAUGCAGAGGUCUGCAGCCAGUCUUAGAGGUAAUCUUAUACACAAUAUAGUCACUACACUUCGGAAGUUAUAAAGGGUCACAGAGACACUUCCUUGAGUUGUAACUAGUAUGAAUCUCUUAGACAGGAAGAACUGGUAUUGGUGUACACCUUUAGUCCCACAGAAGAGGUAGAGGCAGGUGGGUCUCCUUGAGUUCUAGGCCAGUCAUGCUACAGGACCAUGACCCAGGACAGGCAGAAAGCUACACUGUAAAAACCCUGUCUGAAAUAAUAGCAACAAAAUACUAACAGGGCAAAAGAAAGCCAAGAUCUAAGAAGAGAUGGGAGAAACCACCCAGUUUGAGUGAAACAGGAAACCUUCAUCUUAAAAGGCUUCCGUUUUAACUUUCCAGCAGCGGAGUAGGGGCAAGGAAGCUUCUGAAAGCAGAGAGACUGUACUGGUGAAGCUACACAGAAGGUACACAGGUUGAUUCUUGUGUUAUGCUCGAAAAGGUUUUGGAGGUGCUGGUAGAAAAAGUCCUAGGAAGCAGGGGUAAAGAGUAAGGUCCUGUAUUAAGAAGGGACUUCACCUGAACACAUGGGAUGGGACCCAUCUCCGGUUUGUGGCUGAGGUGGCACCCUGUUGAGUCUCCAAGUAAACCUGUGCACUGCCAAUAACUGCUGACUAAAACAGGACCAAGACUCACAGCUGUCUUGAGUCUCUACAGGAUGCUUUAUGAAGUCAGUGUGACCAUAAACUCAUACAAAAAUGAUAAGCUGAGCGUGGUGACACAUGCCCUUUGUACAGAGAGCCUCAAGUACAUAGUUCUAGGCUAGCCAGAGCAACAAAGUGGGCCCUCUCAAAGGGUGUGUGCAUUGAGUAUGACAGCAUGCUUAUAGUUCCAGAACUUGACCUGAGGCAGGUGGAUCUCAAGUUCAAGACUAGCCUGCACUACACAGAAACUGAAAAGAUUCGAGGGACCCAGACCUCAGGAGUGGAGGGUAUCUAUCCUACAGAAACAACAGAUUGAAAGAAUGGAGUCCACAUGGGAAUGUACGAAGUUUGAAGUGUGAGAGGACAUGUCUGCAAGCGUUUAAGAGAGAAAAGGACCAGGGGUAAUUAGCUUGUCCAGAAUAUCCAGCUGGGUGUGGCAGUAUACUUCCUUAAUCCCCAGGCAGAUAGAAGCCAAUGUCAAGUUAGCCUGGGCCACACCAUGCAUGCAGGCAAACAGUCUCUGAGGAUCUAUACAUGACAUCAUUUCUAACAAACCCCUGCCCUCCACCCCUGAAGUGCUGCUGCACUCACACCUCCGGCACCUGACCCUGCCUCCUCCCAUGUGUCAGAUGCUGUUACACUAAAAAGAGGCCCAAUGCAUGGACUUGCAGGCACCCGGAAAUGAGCCAAGGCUGCCUUGUUCCUUCUGUACUCCAAAUAGAAGUAUACCAAAUGCCUCCUAUCUCUAGAAUAGAGAUAGGUUUCACUGUUCUGCUGGCUAGUCUUACAGCAACUUGACACACAAGCCAGAGUUAUCUGAAAGGAGUGAACCUCGGUUGAGAAAAUGUCUCCAUAAGACCCAGCUGUAGGGCAUUUUCUUAGUUACUGGUAUAGUUACUGGUGAAGGGCCCUGUCUACUGUGGGGGUGCUACACCUACACUGGUAGUUUUGGGUCCUAUAAGAAAGUAGGCUGAGUAAGCCACAGGAAGAAAGCCAGCAGAUCACCUCACCUCCAGAGCCUCUGCAUCAGCUUCUGCCUCCAGGUUCCUGCCCUGUUUGAGUUCCUGUCCUAACUUCCUCCAAUGAAGGACUAUGAUCUGGGAGUGUAAGCCAAAUAAACCCUUUUCUCUUCAA